AUUGAAAAAAAUCAAUAGGCAAGAUAAUACUAGUAAGAAAAUUAUUGUUGUUGCAAAAAUGGAGGAAGAAAGCACUUCCCACGCCAACGACCGCAUCAAGCUCAACGUCGGCGGGAAGCUCUUCGAGACAACCCUGUCCACCAUCCGCUCCGGCGGUCCAGACUCUCUCCUCUUCGCGCUCUCCAACCGCUUUUCCAACGACCCGAAUCCGGUCUUCAUAGACCGCGACCCGGAAAUAUUCUCUGUCCUCCUCUCUCUCCUCCGCACUAAUCAUAUACCUUCCACCGCGCGCAGAUUCUCCAAACAAGAACUCACCGACGAAGCACUCUUCUAUGGCAUUGAUUCCUACCUCCGAGCCGCCACCUCUCCACCGCCGUUCUCUGGCAUCGACGCAUCUAUCGUUGACUCCGUUCGUCCUGCAUCAGAAGGUCUCCCUUCUACAUUCUCCGCCGCUGAAAACGGCUCCGUUUGGAUCGCUCACGGAGGUCAACUCUCCAGCUACGACUGGAACCUCAUCCACGCCGCAACUCUCCGCACUCACCUCGACGAAAUUAACUCGAUCUGCAGAGUCUGGCCGGAAAUCGUGGCUGUCGGAUCUGAAUCCGAUGCCGGAUUACAUUUCUACAAUUUCUCCGGUAGCCGCCACGUCGGAUCGCUCCAUUGGAGCGAUCCUUCUGAUCCGCGAAUCUUCAAGGCGCGAGUCAACUCGAUAACCGCUUCGGAGAAUUCCGUUUUCGCCUCAUUCGAUUGUCCUCACAGGGAGAAUUGCAUCCUCGAGGUUGAUAAAGCUAAGAUUCAGAUCGUAUCGCAGUUAGGUCGACAAUCCGGGAACCAAGCGAAGCACAUGGUUCCCGGGAAGCUAACGUGGAUUCCUGCGACCGGGGUCCUAGUUGGAAGUGCGGUCACAGGAGGAGCAUUCGGUUACUCCGGUUACAUCCGGCUGUGGGACCCUAGGUCCGGGGAAGUGGUUUGGGAAACGAACGAACCAGGUGCGGGUAGGAGUAGUAGGUUCGGUGAUUCGUUUUCAGCUAUAGAUGUUGAUGUUGAAAAGUUGUUACUAUUUAAGCUUUGUUCAAAGUCAGGAGAUUUAGCUAUGGCUGAUAUACGUCGUUUGGGAGACGAUCCUUGGGUUUAUUUGAAAGAGAAGAACCCUAGUUUGGUGACAAAUGGUGGUGAUGGUAGCAUUAAUAGUUUAGUGCAUUGUUACAAGGGGCAAGUUUUUGUGGGGAGAGGUGGUGGGUUGGAGGUUUGGUCUAGGGUUCAAGAUAUGGCGGAAUGUGAGAGUGAUGGGGAUGGUGAGGGACUUUAUAGGAGGAAUUUUGUUGAUAAGAGAGAGGAUUCGGAGAAAGGAGUGAUCAAGAAGAUUGAAGGUGGUGGGGAUAGGUUGUUCAUUAGCAGAGAAGAUGUUGAAGGUAUUGAAGUGUGGGAGAGUUCUCAUUCUGCUGGAGCUAUCUCUGUUUUGUGACAUGGGGAUAGGGCUUAAAUUGAUAGUUUCUUUUGGUUUUGAACUCCCCUCAAUUCAAUGUUCUACUGACCGUUUCCAGAUUUUGGAGUAACAUUUGCUUUGGGUCCAAUAUUCUUCAACUUCAGAUGCGGAGACAUAAUCCACUUCUCUAGCAUGAUCGUGAGACAGAAUCCACUCUUCUAGCAUGAUCAUAGAAGUCCGUGUAAGCAUGCACAGCAACCUCUUAUUUCCACGUAUAUUUGAUAUUUGUUUUUGUUUUGAGAGUACUUUGUCACUCGAAUUCUUAUGUUAUUCUACCAAGCCACUUUAUGGUAUACUCAAAUUCCUACAUAUAAUAGAACUAAAAUAAAUUUACAUA